AUGGCAACAGGAAAGCCGAAGCGAUCCCCAGAAGUAAUAGAAGAUAUUUUAAUCCAACGAAUCUUCUUAGUCACAUUAACGAAUACGGAUAAUAAACAAGUGAUGUAUUUAGAGAAGAUGGCAGUUGAAAAUCUCCGCGAAGGCAAGUCACUUCUUUUGAAUCGUGAUCUGAUGGACGAAGUUCUUGUUGGCAAACUUUCAGGUCAGUUUAGUGGUAAAUCGCUGUUUCAAUACCUUACCGGUUGCUAUGGUCGUGCUUUUGAAGAAGGUAAGAAGAUUAGUAAUAUGAAGGAUGUCGAUCUGCAGUCUUCUUUACUGAAUGGUGUUAUAAAACCAGCAAAGAAAUUACUUGCUCGUUACUGCCAGAUUGACUUGUGUAACCCAGAUAUGUUUCCGCACAGCGAAAAAAUAUCAGCAGGUUCUGCCUUAUUGCAGAUAAUCUUUUCUGCAGUUUCACAGAAUAGUAACGCAUGUGGAAACGAAUUUCUGAAUGAAUUUUUCACAGAAACGGAUGAUUAUGAGAUUAUGGCUCCGAUUUUUAAGGAUUUGUACGAUAGAUUGAAGCAUGAGAUCAGUAAAGUUAAUGAUUCGCCACUUGGAAAUUUCGUUCCACCCUUGAAGGUUUUCAGGAUGUUAGUUCGUUUUCCGAAUGGUGGAAAAGCAUUGGUGAAUCACCCAUUGUGGUUACCUAAAGGUGAAGCUGUGAACGGGCGCGUAAUCGAGGAAGAGAGUAUACUGGGUUCCUUUUUCCAUAUUAGUCAUUUGACUGACGUGAUGAUUUCAGGCCAGCCUGAUUUUGAGCUCUUAGAUUCCUCAAAUUCGUCAGCAUCUCACCUAUUUGAGCUUUCAUCUGCAAACUUACCCGCAAUCAUGUGUAACUUAUACGACGGCCUUGAAGACAUUCUUUUAUGCUUGCUGAAUAGUAAAGAUACACGAGAGCGUGUUCUGGAGUACAUGGGCGAUGUCAUCGAGAGAAAUUCUUCUAGGGCGCACAUGAACAUUGACAAGGUAACUUGUGCAAGUUCAGGUAUGUUUGUUAAUCUCAGUGUAGUGAUGCUACGGCUUAGUGACCCGAUCUUAAACUGUUUAGCAAAGAGAGACAAGAUAGACGCGAGAUAUGUGUCUAUUGGUACUCGUCUGAACUUGAGAAGACUAACUACUCUUCAUGCGACCGAAGAAGAAAUUGGGGCAUGGGCUGAUGAAAAUAAGUAUGGGAAGAGUCAGUACGGUUUUAUAUGCGAGUGUUUUUUUAUGACUGCUAGGGUCCUUAACUUGGGAUUACUCAAAGGUAUAUCGGAGUGCAAGAGUCUUACUAAAGACUUGUCCACGUUUAAGCGUGUACUUACCGAAGUGGAGGCACAACCUACCACUCCUUAUUCCCUAGAGGAGAUAGCACGCCUCAAUCGAUUAAUUGGUUUGCAGUCUAAUGAAAAGUCGAGUUAUGAAUUUCAGUUGGAUAAUAAUCUUCAGCAGGCAUUGUCUUUCUACCGGUUGAUGAUUGUUCGGUUGGUAGAUUCUGUUGGCGGGUUUAAAAUGCCUUUGCCAAGGAGUUGCCCUGUGGAGUUUGGUUGUAUGCCUGAACACUUUGUUGAUGAUGCAAUGGAGUUGCUUAUAUUUUCCUCUGAGGUUAUACCUAAGAAACUGGAUCCCUACUUGCUAAACGAUUUUAUGAACUUCAUUAUUAUGUUCAUCGCAAGUCCGAAUUAUAUCACAAAUCCUUAUCUCAGAGCCAAGAUGCUUAAACUCUUGAACUGUUGGACGAUCAAGAGAAAUGAUUCAGCUACAGCAGGUUCCCCUUAUCAAGGCCAUCAAUUAGCUCUUGCUUCUCCUUUUCAAGGCCAUAAAUUAGCUCUUGGUCAGUAUCUGGUUGGAUCUUUGUUGAAGUUAUAUGUCGACAUUGAGUUUACUCAGUUUUUAGAGAAAUUCUUCAUACGUAACCAAAUCACACAACUUCUCAAGUACGUGUGGGAAGAACCAAGCCAUCUGGAUGCAUGGAAGAAAUUUGCCAAGGAAGAGGAGAAGGGUGUUUAUUUGAACUUUUUGAACUUCCUAAUAAACGAUAGCAUAUAUCUUCAAGAUGAAGGGUUAAACAAAAUCCGUAAACUUAAAGAAAUGGAUAAACAGAGGAAAAUGGUUAAAGAGAGGGAAGACAGAACUGAUGAGUCCCAUUCUGAGGUGGAAGAAGAGCCCCAUUCCGAGUCCCAAUCUGAUGUGGAACGUGACAUCAGGGAGUACAUAGCGUUAGCGUUGGAUAAUAUCAACAUGCUAGCAUUCACUUCUGAGCAGAUUACUGCUCCCUUUCUUCUUCCCCAGAUGGUUGAGAGAAUAGCUAAUAUGCUGAAUUAUUUCUUGGUGCAACUAGUCGGACCUAAACGGAAUUCUCUUAGCCUUAAGAAUGCUGAAAAAUAUGGGUUCGAACCGAGGAUAUUACUAAGGAAGAUUAUCAGCAUUUACGUUCAUAUAGCGAGGGAUGAUAAGGAAAAUACUUUUGCUGCUGCAAUUUGUAAGGAUGGUCGAUCGUAUAGUGAUAAAUUAUUUACUGAGGUAGCAAAAGUACGUGGAUUAGGUGAAGAUGGAAAUUGGAUGGAACUGCAAGAGUUUGCUAACCUUGGUGCCAAAGUCAGACUUGUAGCUUCAGAAGCAAUGGAUGCAGAAGCGGCACUGGGGGAGAUACCAGAUGAGUUCUUAGACCCAAUCCAGUGCACGCUGAUGACAGAUCCAGUGACUCUUCCUUCUUCUAAUGUUACAGUCGAACGUUCGGUCAUCGAAAGGCAUCUUCUUAGUGACACCAAAGAUCCAUUCAACCGGUCACAUCUUACCCAGGAUAUGCUCAUUCCCGAUGUCCAACUGAAAUCUCGAAUAGAUGAGUUCGUCAGGUCACGAAUCCAGCAUACUUCAUGA